GGGAAGGUGGACGGACAGAAUGGCGACCCAGUGCCGGAGCUCCAAAUGCACGGCUGAAAGAAAAGGAUUCCGGCGGGAACUCGACUCAUGGCGACACAAGCUCAUCCAGUGUGUCGGAUUUGAAAGUAUACUGGAGGGGAUAUAUGGACCAAGACUGCUGCAAGACCUCAAUAUAUUUGAUGAGUGUGAACCAGAGGAUUUGGAUGAUUGGUCCAUCGACGCAAACUGCUCCUUUUGCAAUCUGCAGUUAGAGAAAUUGAAUGACCAUCCUGCUGUGCCCGGGUCGCCACCCUCUGCUGAAACCCCCCCACCUCAGGGCCUGUCCACCUCUGAUAAAGUCCAGUGCCAAGCAGACCGAUUCCUCUAUGCUGUAUUUCGCAAGAAGGAAUUUCCUCAGAGCUGCGAUUCGAGUAUACCACUGGUUGCACAAGAGUUGAUGCGCAGAAUGAUUCGGCGAUUUGCCUUAGAGUAUGCAUGUAAAAGUCAGACUCAUGGAGACCUGAAUGGACUAAGUGACAAUUCUGAACGUCUCCUUAGCCAACCAGAUCCUGAUGGGCCUCUGGACCUCACUGUCAGCAGAGCUUCUCCAGCCCUUCAAGUAGAUGGAGUACUUGACCUCUCUAAGAAAAACACACCUUCUGAGAAUGAAACACUGCAGAUAAGUUCAGGUUCCUUAGGAUCAAGUGUGGAAGACAAGUCCAGUCUGGAGACUGAAGAUGGUUCUAUAGUUCCUGAGGUCUGGAAAGUCACUGUGUUGGAGAAGGUCCUGUCUUCACUUUGUUCCCGUCAUAGAUUACUACUCGCUCAUAUUUUAAAGUAUGUGCAGGAAGAUUACAAGAUCUCAUUAUCUUUACGAAAUGCUCAUGGAAAACAGGCUGGAUCCCUUUGUUGCCAUCUUCAUAAAAAACUGCUUAAUGAAGCCUCGACACUUGCAUUAGGUGACUGUUCAGUAACUGCUGGCAUUUGUUGCAGAACAGCUUGUGAGCAUCCAACAUGUGCGUUUUCUCCUUCAUGUGUCUCUCUGAGGAACAGUCAUGGCCAUUCCUGUCAAAAUACAGUAGUUGCGUGUGUUGGCCAAGCUAUCUGUUGUAACCCCAAUGAUUAUUGUACUAAUUCAAAACCACUCUCAUGCCAGCAUCAACACAAUGGUGAUCAUACCUACAUUUCUCAUGCAAGUGGUGCUCCAAUCAUUCCAGGUGGUAGUAACUCUCAUAACGGACAUAAAGGAAGCCGUAGCCCCUCUCCACCACCACUCUCACCAAAACCUGUGGACCUGGACUAUAAAAUAGCAGUCAAGCCCAGUGUCUUUCCAAUUCAGGAAUUCAAGACCCCAAACAUAGCACCUCCCUCUCUCCUACCUCACAGAAUGGAGAAUGAAGAAACAACUUUACACUCCAGCACUUCUCUUCAUGUGGGAUCUUCUGAUGGAUGUUGUGAAAAGGUUGUAACAUUGCAAACACAAGCAGAGAAGGAUGACCACCAGUGUGGAUCUUUUAUUGGAGAUCUUAUGGACAGAGUCACUGAACAGCUCAAGAGUAUCCAACCCUCUGAGAAGGAACAAAACAUUACUGCACAUGCCAGUCAAAUCUCCAGGAUAAGAGAUGACACUCAUUUGACCGAAAUUAUAACAACCGUGUUGCAUAACAGUAGUGAUAAAGAUUAUAACCUUAAUGAUCUUUUACAACAGCAUGUAGCCACAGAACAGCAAUCACCUCAGACACGUUCCCGUAAAAGAUUUGAAACUUUAGUUGCCAUGAGCAAAUCAUCUGACCUUCCGUCAUCAAGAAGACAAAGCUUACAAAUCAAAAGAGACCUGGCCAGACUUAGUCCAUUUUCCAAGAGAAAUACAAGGUUGGAUGGGAAUAGAGGCACAAAAACGGUUAAACCUUUGGAGCUAACAUACUCCCUUAUUGAACAACCUCAGUGUAGUAAGUUGAACAGGACGGUGUACACAGAAUCUGUAAAUGAUACUGGAAAUAUGACCACAUAUGCAGAAAAAGAAAAGACAGAAUAUAAACAAGAGAACCAAGAAACUCACAUCCAGCAUGUUGUUAAAGAACAACUGCCUCCUAAUGAAAGAGCACAGUCACAAAACGCAGAGAGUGACCGGAAGAUGAACGCAAAAAUCCAUAGAGAGAAAUGUCUGGCUGUUCAAUUUGAAAGGACCAGAAGAAAUAUUGUUCCACCCCAGCGUUUCUCUUCCUAUGUUACUGAGCCACGAAAGAUGUAUUUUGCAGCCUGUUUCUCAGAAAGUAUAUUCACAAAGCAUUCCUCCAGAGACAGCACCUUAACAGCACUAGGAUCCACAGAAGAAAUUGUCUUGCCUAGUGAUAAAUGUGGCAAACAAACUUUUCAGAUGGAGGAUGAACAAGAAGUCUGUGGAUUACCACAGAACAAUGGUUUACCGAAAUAUAAUUUUUCAAAGAAAGAGCCACUUGGUGAGUGCAAAAAUAAUGAAAGUCCUCAUAAGGAGAGGAAAAGGAAAUCACUCCAGAAUUCCAUCUUGCCAUCAAAGAGAUCUAAAUGCAACAGAGCCAACAGUCUGAACACUGAACCACACAGUCCUACUUUAUCUAACUUUACAACCACUGAGAGCACAUCACAGGCUGAAACAAGCCCGUCUAGACUGAAAUAUGACAGUCCUAUAAAGCUCAUGUUUGUUUCCUCUGUGAAAGGUGAAGAUGGUAUAAAAUACACACUCAAAGCAGCUGGCUCUGGCUCAGAAUCACAUUGUGAGAUGUUUGAUCCAUGUGUGGAAUCAUCAUGGGCAGGCAGUGCCAUUGAUGACAAUAACCAGGAUUCAGUCAUUAACUCUAAUCCAAGGAAAACUGUUGAGCAUGUUGGGAACAAGUGCACUUCACCAAAUGUGGUUUCAGCUGGUGCUCCAUUGUCCAGUUUUUCAAGUGAAAGCCAAGAACCACUACCAUUUAUACAUCAAACAACUCCAAUAAAAAGGCGCCCUGGGCGUCCCAAAAAAAUUGGACCACAUAUUGUGAAGUCUGUGAAACGUCCCAUUGGGAGACCUCCAAAACCUAAAACAACAGAUUUAUGUUCAAGUACACCCAGUUCAAAUGCAGUCAAUCAGGGAACACCUGAAAUGUCUUCUAAAGAUGAUGAUAACAAAAAUUUGAAAAUCACUAUAUUAUAUGGAAGGUCAAGAAGAGUGAAGAGAGUAGUUUCUGAAGAUGUGAGUAGUUUCUUAAUACAGCAACCUGCUUAUGAAGAAUACAAUGGUAGCAUGUACAGUAAAACAAGUACUGAUCAAACAACCAAAGAUCAGUUUAAAGAUCUACAUCUUGUUAUGCCUAUAGAGGACAGGAAAUGUAUCCAGUCUAGCAGUAACAUUAAAUGUCAAAGACAGAGUGACGUUAUACUGUCAAGGAGACCAGGGCGACCUCCAAAAGUCCAAAAGAUUUCUGGCAUUUCUGUCACAGUCACAUCAGGGUCACCAAGACAAAGAAAGAUACAUAUAAAAAGGGACACAAAAGUUUCACAUCUGCUCAGAAGGACUCUUGAACUUCAACCUUCCAAAGAGCAGAAGACAAUCUGCAUUCCUACUGACAUUAACAAAGAUAGAGUGGAUGCACAGAAAGAAUAUAAUCAGAAUACUAGAAGGCAGCUCAUACCAGUGAGACAUUCUGUUAGAGAACGGAAACCCUCGAUUCAUUUGCUUCACUCUGUUGCUACUGCCAGAUCCUGCGCAUUGGUUCGCAGGUCAAGAAAACUACUGCUGAAUAAGGCUAGCUGCAAGGCAAGCCAGCAUGUAAAGAACAUACAAGAGGAACCCCCAAACAAUGCACUUUCCAUUAAGACCAAGAAUGUCAGUUGUGUACAAGACAUUGUUCGUUUUUCUGCCAUUUCAGUCAACUCCAUUUUCUCACCACAUGAGGGUUUCAGGUGGUGGCCCACCUCAGCAUCACCUGAGACCUUGAAUGAAGAGUUAGCUAGGAGGAUCAAACUGAUGUCCAAUACUUGGGUAUCAGAUGUCCUUGAGGCAAACAGGUCAGGAGAGAUCACAAUGGAUCUUAAACCAAAAACUUGUAAGGACCUUAUUGAUGCUCCUAAGAAGUCUACUUCUGCUAUUAAAAUGCUUUUUGAGAAAAAUUAUAAUAUGGAGAAGCUCUGCUCUUGGUUUAUGCAAUCCACGGAAACUCAGUCCCUUGCAAUUGUAAAGAAGGCCAUUGCAAGAAAUCCCAAGGAUGUCUUUCAUUACAGCCUCAGCAGACCCAAUUGCAAAGUGAAUGUUUGCCCAAGUCCACAAGCAGAGCGACUCAGGAAACAUGUAAAGAAAUUUGCUAAAGUCGUUCCAAAGAGUCCAUCAAUGCACAAACAAGCACAAGAAAUGUUGUCCAAGUCAGCAAGGCCCAUAGCAAAGAGAAAGCUCUUUGACACAUCAUCAUCAUUUAAACAGAAUAUUCCAAUGUCUAGAGGCAAAUGGGUUGACUAUCGAAAAGCUCUGAUUAGAGCAAGACAAAAAUUUAAAACCAGACAUAAGAUAGCAUUACGAGAUGACGUUUGUGACCAAAUGAGGACAAAGACUUCAGGUGCUAAGACUCUAAAGUUACUAAAAGAAAUGCCUAAGUUGGUAGACAAGCCAUCCAAACCAGUCAUGAAAGUUCAAAAUGCAUUAAAGCUUUUAGUCAAAACUCCUCCAAAAAUGAUUGGGCUUUCCAACAUUUCAAAGCAAAAUAGAAUCAGCUCCGAAGCUUGGAGUCCUGAGUCCCUAAAAGAGUGCAGGGUGUUUCUGAAAAAGAUCAACUCCCCAAACACCAAGUCAACGACAGAGGAAUGUAAUGUUUGCACCGUAAAGCUUUAUGAUGUCUCAGAGCAUGAGGAAAGUGAGGAUAUUAAGGUGAAAGGGACACACAACUCUCCAGUACAGCUACCCUUGUCCUCGAAAAGCCAGAGAAAAGUAGGAAGAAAAACAGGGAAACUGCAAAAUCCCUCUCCUUCAACAAAAAUGCUCAGACAAUCAAGGAGCUGCAGGGGUGUUCUGGGAGCAAGGUGGUGUGACUUUGUGCUCGGAUCAUUAAAGUAACAUGGGACCAGUUUUGGGCAAGACAUUUUCUUGAACUCUUAACACAAGGUGCCUUUUAACAGUGGUCUGGCUGAGUAUCAAAAGCAUUACGAUACACAACCUCAGCAAGCGUCAUGUAGCAAAAACAACGUAAAAAUUUAUUUGACACUUGUUGCACUAUUUAAAUAUUUCGUUUGUAAAAGGUUUCUUUUUUUUUUACUUGAUUUUAUAUUUGGUGCAGACCAAAAGAAGGUCUAUGUGCAUGGAGUAUGAAAGGUUACAUGAGCAGUAUGUUGUCUGGGUGUCAACCUUUGAUUAUAAAACUUUCUAAAGACAACUCUUCACAUUUACAUUUUUAAAAGGGUACAAAUGGUCUUUUGUUUUUUUUUAGAUUUGCCAAUGUUUGAUUGAAGUCUUAUGUGCUAUAAAUGUUGUCACUGAGACAAAAAACUGCCCAUUCAAAAGGUACAUUUAAAUUUGAAAGUGAUUGUAGUGUUUUUUUU